CUUUAAAUUAAAUGGUUUAAAAAAAACAAAAACCCUAAAUUUUGACCUAGAGAAGUCGAUUUCUGGUCUCUUGCUCUUCCUUCGCCAUUCUGCUUCGCCUUCUUGCUCAGUUGCUCUUCGCCAGCCAUCUUCAAAGUCGAACCGGUUUGUAGUUUGUAGUUUGCUGGUUGUGGUAGUGAAUAGUCUUUGGACUUCUUUCCUUGGUGGUUCUACUCCGCUUUGUACUGGGGGACAUUAUUAAGAAAAGAUGGCUCCGCAAGUGAGUAAUGCUUUACGAAUAUCGUACUCACAAGAACUUGUAGAUGGCAAACCAGUCUUUGUUUCUUCAAAUUGUCUUCCUAUCAAAGUGUCGAGGUUUGAACCUGCUGGCCUUGCUUUUCAUGCUGCUGCUCUCAGACUUGCUGGCUAUUCUGAAGAGGAUUCAGACGGGGAUGAUCAGACUGUUUCAAGUGAUAAAGAACAAAAUUAUGUUCCUUCUUUUGAUUCUUAUAGCAUUAAGAGUAAGAAGAAAUCUGACGCUGAUGGUCAACAACAGGAUCAUUAUGCAUUGUUGGGUUUGGCGCAUUUGAGAUAUCUUGCGACUGAGGACCAGAUCAAGAAAAGUUACCGUGAUGUUGCUUUAAAAUAUCAUCCUGACAAACAAGCUGCACUUCUCCUUGCUGAAGAAACUGAAGCUGCAAAACAAGUAAAGAAGGAAGAAAUUGAAAACCAUUUCAAAGCCAUUCAAGAAGCUUAUGAAGUGUUAAUUGACCCUUUGAAACGAAGAAUUUAUGAUUCAACUGAUGAAUUUGAUGAUGAGAUCCCUACGGACUGUGCACCGCAGGACUUCUAUAAAGUUUUCGGUCCUGCUUUUAUGAGGAAUAGCCGUUGGUCUGUUACCCAACCUGCUCCUUCAUUAGGAGAUGAUAAUACUCCUUUUGACGAGGUUGAUAAAUUCUAUAACUUUUGGUAUUCCUUCAAAAGCUGGAGAGAAUUUCCACACGCCGAUGAAUUUGACCUUGAGCAAGCAGAAUCUCGCGAUCAUAGGAGAUGGAUGGAGCGACAGAAUGCCAAACUUAGUGAGAAAGCCAGAAAGGAAGAGUAUGCCCGUGUACGUUUGCUUGUUGACAAUGCCUAUAAAAGAGAUCCCAGGAUUGCGAAGAGGAAGGAAUUGGAGAAAGCUGAAAAGCAGCGUAAGAAGCAAGCAAAAUUCUUGGCCAAGAAGUUGCAAGAGGAAGAAGCUGCAAGAGCUGCUGAAGAGGAGAGGCGUAAGAAAGAGGAGGAAGAAAGAAAAGCUGCUGAAGUUGCAUUGCAAAACAAGAAGGCUAAAGAGAAGGAAAAGAAACUCUUACGUAAGGAACGUACCCGUCUCCGCUCUCUUACUGCUGAAGUUACAUCUAAGCAUGAGUUUAACAUAUCUGGGGAUGAUGUAGAAACCCUUUGCAUGUCACAUGACAUGGAGCGACUCAAGAAUCUUUGCGACAAGAUAGAGGGAAAGGAACAAGAGGAACAAGUUAAACUUAUCAAAGAUUCUCUAAGUGAUCAAGUUAACAUAGAACCUGAUCAUAAAGCUGUGAGUAAGAAUCCUCAGCAAACUAGUGCAUUACAAUCUAAUGGAAACAUGACAUCGAGUCGCAAUGAAAAGAAAGAGAAGCUGUGGGGUAAGGAAGAAGUUGAUCUCUUGAGAAAAGGUAUGCAGAAAUAUCCAAAAGGGACAUCACGGAGGUGGGAGGUUAUAUCCGAGUAUAUUGGGACCGGAAGAUCAGUGGAAGAGAUUUUGAAAGCAACAAAAACUGUUCUUCUCCAAAAACCCGACAAUUCCAGGGCAUUUGAUUCAUUUCUUGAAAAAAGAAAACCAGCAGCAUCUAUUGCCUCACCACUUAGUAGUAGAGAAGAAGUUCAACAUGUUUCAGGUGUGAAUGGUUCUGAUCCUAGUCCUACAAGUGCACCAGAUUCGACAAAUGCUACUUCAAGCUCUAGCAGCAACGAACAAGGAUCAGUUGCUGCUUCAGUGUCUGACCAGGACGUGUGGUCUUCUGUUCAAGAAAGAGCUCUUGUUCAGGCUCUAAAAACCUUUCCGAAGGAAACACCUCAACGUUGGGAGCGGAUUGCAGCUGCUGUCCCAGGGAAAACUGUGAACCAAUGCAAGAAGCAAUUUACUUCACUCAAGGAGAUUCUGAGAAGCAAGAAGAACACCAGUUAGAAGAGAUGUUAAUAUGACAACAUCAAAAAAAAUUUUGAUCCCGAUAUUUUGAUUCAUGUGAUAAGCUUCGCUGAGGGAAUGCGUACUUUAAGAGUGAUCAGAUCGUCACUUGGUGGAUGGCGUUACUGGUAUGAACGUUAAUAUGUAUUCUUUUUGACAGCAGAAUUAAGCGAUGUUAUGUAAGGUUUAUCGAUCCAUUCUUUUUGACAUAAUUAAGCGAUAUUAUGUAAGUUCUAUUGCUGCUGAUCAUAUUACGCUUUCGUUUUAGAAGUCUCGAGAUCGGUCGAUACUUUCAAGUACAGGACAAGGUGUGAUGCUGAAACUCUCGACGCCUAUGGACUUAGUUUUAUCUUACUAUGUGGACGUUUAUGUCACAAAGGAUGAUCAUGAAAAAAAUGUAUUGUUACUGUCUUUUUGGAUUCCAGGUGCAUCACUUGCCUUGAUUUCUUUUUA